GCCACGCCAGCGGCGCGCCAGUGCGCAGACGUCGGUCGCACGCGAUAUACAAUCACUGAGUUCUCGGCGUCACAUUAUCGCGAUUUACGAUCCGCGCACUAAUGCUACGUUCGUUCGUUUACUAAAUAACAUACAACUGUUGCGUUUUAUUUAGUUUUUUUAGUUUUUAAAGACAAUAUAAACAGUCAAAAUGAUCACAGUUAUAUAUAAUUCCAAAUUAUUGUGGGGACUAUGGUGGGUGACAAACAAUAUUGUUUCGCGUAUUUCGCUGCCGCUGCUGCUGGUGGCGGCCACGGCUUUGCUGGUGCUGCGGCUGGUGUCGCUGCUGCAGGAGAUGCGCAAGCUGCCUCCCGGCCCGUGGGGUCCUCCAGUCGUCGGCUACCUGCCCUUCCUCGGAGUGCGCCACAAGACUUUCCUGGAGCUUGCUCGUAACUACGGUGCCCUGUUCUCCGCACGACUCGGAAAUCAGUUGACCAUCGUUCUCAGCGACUACAAACUCAUCAGAGAAGCUUUCCGAAGGGAAGAAUUCACUGGACGUCCCAACACCCCGCUCAUGCACACCCUGGAUGGUCUCGGCAUCAUCAACAGCGAGGGCCGUCUCUGGAAGAGCCAGCGCCGGUUCCUGCACGACAAACUGCGUGAAUUCGGCAUGACUUACAUGGGAAAUGGGAAAAAAAUUAUGGAGGGCAGAAUUAAGAGCGAAGUUUAUGAGCUUAUCGCCAAUCUGCACCGCGCGGAGGGAGCACCCAUUGACGCGAACCCUCUCCUCGCCUUGGGCGUGUCUAACGUCAUCUGCGGCAUUACGAUGUCCGUGCGCUUCAGUAACGGCGACGCUCGCUUCGAAAGGCUCAACAAUCUCAUUGAAGAAGGCAUGAGGCUGUUUGGAGAAGUUCACUAUGGUGAAUACGUGCCUCUGUACAACUAUCUUCCCGGCAAAGCUCAAGCACAAGAAAAAGUAGCCAAAAACCGUGAAGAGAUGUUUGCUUUCUAUCAAACUCUGAUUGAUGAACAUCGUGAAACUCUUGAUGUCGAUAACGUGAGGGAUCUCAUCGAUGUUUAUCUGAUCGAGAUCGAGAAGGCCAAGACCGAGGGCCGCGCCGGAGAACUAUUUGAAGGACGAGACCACGAGCUCCAAAUCAAACAAAUACUUGGAGACCUGUUCUCGGCCGGCAUGGAAACAAUCAAGUCGUCACUCUUAUGGAUGAUUGUAUUCAUGUUGAGGAACCCCGAUGUGAAGAGACGCGUACAGGAAGAGCUCGAUGCUGUAAUUGGUCGCGAACGUCUACCUGCCAUCGAAGACAUGCCAAAUCUCCCAUACACCGAGACAACAAUCUUAGAAACUCUUCGCAUGUCCAACAUUGUGCCCCUAGCAACAACGCAUUCACCAACUAAGGAUGUCCACUUGAAUGGCUACAGAAUUCCUGCAGGCUCCCAAGUUAUUCCUCUGAUUAACUGCGUACACAUGGACCCCAACUUAUGGGACGAGCCCAACAAGUUCAACCCCAGUCGUUUCAUAGACGAAACAGGCAAAAUCAGGCGACCUGAGUUCUUUAUGCCUUUCGGUGUCGGAAGGCGCAUGUGUCUGGGCGACGUGUUGGCACGCAUGGAAAUGUUCAUGUUCUUCGCAUGCAUGAUGCACCAGUUCGACGUUCAGAUGGAGACGGGAGAUGCGCCGCCCUCGCUGGAAGGCACAGUGGGCGCCACCAUCGCGCCCAAAGCGUUCCGCGUGAAGUUCAGCCCGCGCGCCGCCCCGGCCGCGGCUGCGCCCGACCACCCCCACCUGCGUCACGUCGGCGCGCACUAGACGCCUGCCGCGCUACAUCGCGCCUCUACGCGCGUACCCACACCCACCAGUAUUCAAUGAUCACUCGUUUUAGAGCGAAUCGAAAACCAUUUUUUAAUUAGUCUUAAUUAUAAAAUAACGACAUCGCCACAGCGAUGUUCGAGGCUGUGCAUAAAUAAAGUGUUCAAUUACAUACAUAGUAGACCGAACGGUAGAUAUAUUGAUGUACCCAUCGUUGAGAUUAUACAAUGACGUUUGUGUGAGUUUGCAGUAUUAGAAUGUUGGUAGAGUAGAAUCGUAGGAACUUCAGCAAAUCACACCAUUACACAUUUGUAUUUAAGGUUUACUUUCUAAGUUCUAGUACCUAUACCAAAAUAAAAUGUAGAAUCUAGGUCAUUAUUUAUUAGUGUCACUUGCGUGAAUGUGGUAUGUUGUGUGUGAUCUCAUGAUUGUUGUUGCAGUAGGCUAUUUGUGUAAGGAUUGUAAGUGUACUUGUAUGUUUAGUGUAAUCUGUACCUAUCAGGUAUGAAGUAACAUUCCAUGGUAGAGUAACAACCAGCAACUAGUCUAGAGCGAUGUCGUCGCUGUGUAAUAGAGUAACGCCUAACUUUAAUGUUCUUGUUUUGUACUAAAUUCAUAGUGUUGCAACCUAGUUGCCCUGUACUGAACUUCAGUCACAUAAGUCUGUAAGCUAUAUGAGCUCACCGUUUUCUGUUGGACUAAUAUAAGCUUUGUAUAUAAUGCUCUGUUUUAUUGUAAGUUGUACAGUUUAAGUAAUAAACUAAUUGUGAAAACAUUAAUUUAAA